AUGGCUUCAACUGGUCUUGAACUCCUGGGCAUGACCCUGGCUGUGCUGGGAUGGUUGGGGACCCUGGUUUCCUGUGCCCUGCCCCUGUGGAAAGUGACCGCUUUCAUCGGCAACAGCAUUGUGGUGGCCCAGGUGGUGUGGGAGGGGCUGUGGAUGUCCUGUGUGGUGCAGAGCACUGGCCAGAUGCAGUGCAAGGUGUAUGACUCGCUGCUGGCACUGCCCCAGGACCUGCAGGCCGCGCGUGCCCUCUGUGUCGUAGCCCUCCUGCUGGCCCUGCUUGGCCUGCUGGUGGCCAUCACUGGCGCCCAGUGUACUACGUGUGUGGAGGACGAAGGCGCCAAGGCCCGUAUUGUACUCACUGCUGGAGUCCUCCUGCUCCUCGCAGGCAUCCUGGUGCUCAUCCCGGUCUGCUGGACAGCCCACGCCAUCAUCCAGGAUUUCUACAACCCCCUGGUGGCUGAGGCCCUCAAGCGGGAGCUGGGGGCUUCUCUCUACCUGGGCUGGGCUGCAGCUGCACUGCUCAUGCUGGGUGGCGGGCUCCUCUGCUGCACAUGCCCCCCACCCCAGUUUGAGCGGCCCCGUGGACCUAGGCUGGGCUACUCCAUCCCUUCCCGCUCAGGCGUGUCAGGGCUGGACAAGAGGGACUACGUGUGA